AUGUCUUCAUCAUACGGCCAUUCGCCGGCCAACAACUAUAGCCAAACACCCAACAGCGAUGGCUCAUACGUCGAGAGCGGUCUACACCCAGUUGAACAACCCGAAAAGAUCCUGAACGGAUCUCACUACGUUCCAUAUGACCAGUACAAGCCAGUACCACUGUCAGCGGAUCAAGGAUAUAUCGCUCCGAUAGCAACGCCCCGACCUUCAAAGAAGAGGAUAUGCGGCAUCAGCAGUGUUACUUUCAUCCUUCUAUGCUUGCUAGGGUUCUUUGUCGCGGUUCUUGUUGUGGUUGCGGGAGUAUUUGGAAGCAUGUUGGCAAAGCAGUCGGGAGAGAUUCUUGAUCUCAAGAGCGCAUCACCCACAAAAACAACUGAAACCGAUGCGAAUGGCACAACGACGUCCGGUGCUCCUGCUGCGACGACAACGUGGGUCGAGGUCAGCGACUGGGAGUUCAUCGGAUGUUGGGAGGAUGGCGAUGAGCGCGUUUUCCCGGACAAGUACCAGCACAUCGAAAACCAGACGAAUCGACUCUGCGCAUCGGCGUGCGAUGGCUACGAUUACUUCGGUACCCAAUAUGGAGAUCAAUGCUAUUGUUCCAAGACAGCGCCCAAGACGGUUGCGCCGCCAUGGAACUGCGACAUGCAUUGCGCCGGUGCACCAAACUCAGAAAUCUGCGGGGGAUACUACUUCUUGAGUGCUUGGAAGAAGAAGUAG